UCAUUCAUUCAUUCAUUCAGUCAUUCUUCCCAGGCUGCAGGAGGGAUAAAGAUGGAUACUACUGGAUCACAGGCAGGAUAGAUGACAUGAUCAACGUAUCAGGUCACCUGUUGAGCACAGCGGAGGUAGAGUCAUCUCUAACAGACCACGGAGCGGUGGCCGAAGCUGCAGUGGUCAGCAGACCCCACGCGGUCAAGGGGGAGUGUCUCUACUGUUUCGUUACUCUGAAGGACUGCAGAGAGUUCAACCGCACUCUGGUGGACGAACUCAAGAGGCAAGUGAGAGAGAAGAUUGGUCCGAUCGCCACCCCAGACUUCAUACAGAACGCUCCUGGACUUCCUAAAACACGUUCUGGUAAGAUCAUGAGGAGGGUCCUGAGGCAGAUCGCCCGGAACGAGAAGGAUCUAGGUGACCUUUCAACCCUGGCUGACCCUAAGGUCGUGGAGGUCCUGUUCAGCCAGCGGUGUGAGACAGCUGCUUGAGGGGGGGGGGCUGCAUGUCAACCCUCUCAGGUGGCGUCCUCUCCUUGUGUCCUCUCCUUCUCUCCUCUCCUUGUCUCCUCUCUUUCAUCUUCAUUUUCCUGAAAACGCAGGAUAGGUGAAUAUAGGAUAUAGACUAUGGCGGGAUGGGAUAUUUCUGAUCUCUCACCUGUUCAGCUUAUAUACAAGUGCAGAUGAAGGAGAGGAGACAAGGAGAGGAGAGAAGGAGAUGACACGAGGAGAAGGAAGCCAGGUUAGACUAUUUAGGCACACCCAGAGAGGUUCGCCGGCAUGUCCUCUCUCAUGGUGCAGAUGAAUACGGUACUGGUCCUGAGAUCAGUCUCAGGGAAUUUUAUGUGCAGUGUUUGGGGAUGGGAUUAGGGUUGGGAGGACAGAUCCUAGAUCAGAUUUUAUGGGGGAAUGAUUGACUUUGAGUUAUUAUAUGUAGACAAAAGGAAUGAACAGAAGCAACAAUCCGGUGAAAAUCCCCAGCCCAAACAUUGCAUUCAGUUUCUACAUUUUCUUUCCAAACGGGUAAAACGGAUUUUCCAAAUAAUUGUUACUGCCACAAUGUCAUUUUUUGCUUGUAAUAACGGGUGGGCCGAUAUUGAGGUGAACUGGACCCAGAAUCAGAAUUUUACCCUUGUUUGCUGCUCGGUAAUCUAACCUCUGGAACCUUCUCUCAGUGUAUCAGCCUGUAUCCUCCAUCUUGUUUUCUGCUCGGUAACCUAACCUCUGGAACCUUCUCUCAGUGUA